ACUUUCCCUCUUUUCAGCCCUAAUUUUACAAAUCUCCGAUCCAAUUAUGUCCAACAACCACCGGACUUCCACCGCCGACCGACGGAAUCCUAGCAGGUUACAACGUCGAGCACCGGCGUCGAUUCAAAUCAACCGACCGACCGAUUGGAAUGUCGCUAUACCGCUUUUGUCACCGUUGAUUACUUCUCCGGCUUCUCCUGAUGCCGGAAACCUGAAAGCAGCGAUAAAUCGUCUCUCUAAUUCGAGUAAUAGUAAGAAAGAGGAGGUGAAGAAAGAGUUACCGGUGUUUAAGAAGUGGCAACAUCCAGCGGCGCCGUUUUGUCAUGAACCGACGCCGUUGAUUCAGUUUGUGUGUACAGGAACCGCCGAUCGACGGUGAAAUUUGAAUAGAUCGAAAAAUCUGAAUCUGUUAAUGUUAGAUUUUAAUUAAAAGUAUACUAAGAUCUCUGUAUAAUUAGAUUAUUAACAAAGUUAUGAAAUACUGAUUGAGGAAAAAUUGUCUCUUUCUCUCACUAUUUUAUUUAUUUUGGGGUUUCAUUGAUUACUUUGAUGAGGUGAUAAUGUGACUGUGUAAAAUGACAGCUGCCACUUGUUUUUUUUUGCAUUAAAAUAAAAUGAUAAAUGUUAUGUUUGACCAAUCUAUUGCUUAACUAGAACUUUUAAAUUGUCCUAAA